GAUAUGCUUUCAGCAUGGUCUAAAUGAAUUUUUCUUUGAUUUUUAGACCUAAAAUCUUUGAUUUUUUUUUUUUCGUUGACACCAUAUCAGAUUGAAAUAGAAAGUGUGGACAAUGGAAUCGAUUGGGAAAGAAUGUACCGAACUUAAACGUGAAUAUGAUCAAUGUUUCAAUGUUUGGUUUGCCGAAAAAUUUCUUAAAGGUGAUCAUCGUUCAUCAAUGUGUGAUAAAAUUUUUACACUUUACCAGAAUUGUGUUCGUGAUGCAAUCAAACGACAGAAUAUUGACCUAUUACAAUUGGAUAAAGAUGUAUUGGGCUCGAAUGAUGAACAAAAACCGCCACCAAAUUCACAACAGGAGAAUCAACAGCAGCAGAACAAAACAUCAUAGAAAAUCAUAGAAAUUUUGUUUUUUUUUAUAUAAAUUGUCAAUA